ACCUGCCUAAUUUUUUUUUCAUAUGUUCCUUGCCGUCUUGAACCUUCGAAUACUCGCUUCUUGAUACUGUUUUACUUGACAGCCCAUUCUACUACCAUCUAUUUUUUUCCCCUUUGCUUCCUUUUGUCGUCACCUCAUGCCAAUGCAUCCAACGCGCUUUCCUUUGUCAUCCUUGAUACAACUGCCAUAUGGCCUCCAGUGAGCUGACUCGAAACUUCCAGCUCUCUCUAUAUCCUAAUCUCGAGCGACGAGUCUGUUCACGACCCGCCUCACAAAUAUCCUAAUACCCCAUGAAUUGAUACCCUCCUCGGUUUGCUUCUUCAAGUCAACCAUCCAAGGGCUACUCUCUUGCAAUUAGGUAGCUCUACCCGUGUCGGAGUGCUAGACCACCUUUCGCGGUCUCUUACGAACCUGCAUCUUACUACCACUCUCCCAAGGCACCCUGACUGCUGGGAUGCCUUACACGCCCCCCUCUCAUAGUCGAUCCCCCGCCAACUCCGCCCCCUCGUCGCCUGAUAACCGACGCAGCACACCGUCGGCUCUGGGCGGAGGAAAUGGCGCCACCAACGACAAGGUACCAGUCGGUGCCACAGACAACGUCAAGACUCUCGCUACGACCAGUGUCCGACAAUCGCCACCGCCGGUAACCAACGAGAGUGGUAUGCCUAACGGUGCUGUCAUCUCGCCUCCGGACUCGGCAAGCGAGGACGAGGAAGGCACGCAGCGCGGACGCCAGCUUCACAACCUGAAGGAACUGCAAGAUGCGAUCAGCCAAAUCCCUGUUCGCAGGGCACCCUCGCCACCGCCAAAGACGGCCGCAGUGGAGAUCUCCAGGCCCGAAGUCAUCUCGAGCAACAACAUUGUCCACAGCUUCAGCACCCCCGACCUCGCGGGCGGAAGGAGGCGAACACACACUCGCUCUGCUACCGAACCCAAGGUUAUGAUAUCGAAGUCUUCGGAGACCUCACUCACCGGGUUCGGAAGAAGAAUCGGAUGA